GAGACGAGCGUGCUCCGCCCGAACAUCCAUUACGAAGAUAAGAUACAUGAGGAGUCCGAGUCCGACGACGAGGUCCCACAGAGCUUCAUGAUCGAGGCACCGAGCGCGCGCAGGCCGCCACAGCCCUCGGUGCCGCCGAACCCGUCGCGGCUGGGGAAGGGCAAGGAACGCGAGACGCGCGGCCCUCCAUCGUUGCCGAUGUUUGUCGGCGGUGUGGACGUUACGCGGAUGUCGGUGCCCCCGCGGCCGUCAGAGCUUGACUCGGACCACGCGCGAUCCCCGCCUUCCCCACCUUCGACACAGCCCCCGCGACAGAUGCCGGGACUCGACGCGUACGAGCGCGCACUAUGGAACUGGGUCAACGUGUAUAAUCUGGACGCGUUCCUGCAGGAGGUAUACUAUUACUACGAGGGGAAGGGCAUAUACUCCAUCGCGCUCGCCCGCGGGCUGAAUCUUCUCACAGUCGGGUUUGUCAUUAGCUUCUCGACAUUUCUGUUGCGAUGUGUGGAUUAUUCGCGGAUUCGACCCGAGCGGGUGACGCGGUUGUCAGAUGUCGUCGUCGACCGAUGUGUCUCGAAAUUUUCCGGGUUCACGCUCCUCUUCUUCCUCCUGUUUUGCGCCUUUUAUCUCUGGCAGAUAGCCUCGUUCGUAUCGAGCACCAUGCGACUCGUCGACAUGUACCGCUUCUACACUUACCUCCUCCGCAUUCCAGACGAAGAUAUUCAGACAAUAUCCUGGCCCGAAAUUGUCCGGCGCAUCGCGGCCAUCCGUGAUUCAAAUCCGCUUACUGCGUUGUCUUCGCGGCCGCGCGACACCGACGGCGCGAAGCUGGACGCGCACGACAUCGCGAACCGCAUCAUGCGCCAAGAGAACUUUCUCAUCGCGUUGUUCAACAAGGAGGUGCUUGACUUGCGUGUGCCGCUUCCCGCGGGCCUCGAGCGCAUCGUCGCUCCCGAAGAGGGCAAGGGGCGUACCCUCACGCGGGCGCUGGAGUGGAAUCUGCGGUUUUGUCUGAUGGAGUAUCUGUUUGACCAGAGAGGCAGAGUCAGAAAGGUGUUUUUGAAGAGCAAGAAUCGGGCGGCGUUGAUAGAGGGGUUGAGGAGACGCUUCAUCUUCAUGGGUAUCUUAAAUGCUAUCUUUGCACCAUUCAUUGUACUCUAUCUUCUCAUGUACUCAUUCUUCCGCUACUUCGAGGAGUAUCACAAGAACCCAUCUUCAAUCGGGGGACGCGCAUAUACACCCUUCGCACAAUGGAAGUUUCGGGAGUUCAACGAGUUACCGCAUUUAUUCACGCGCAGACUCGACGAAUCAUAUCCAACUGCCAACAUGUAUAUCGGCCAAUUUCCGAACGAGAAGGUCGCUAUCGUCAUGAGAUUUGUCGCCUUCGUCGCGGGCUCAUUCGCGGCCGUCCUCCUCUUGGCAUCCGUCCUCGAUCCAGACAUAUUCCUCCAACUUGAAAUCACUCCACACCGCACGGUGAUAUUUUAUAUCAGCCUGUUCGGUGGUGUGCUCGCCGUUGCGCGGGGGAUGAUCCCGGAGGACAACAGGGUGUUUGACUCGGAGAUGCUCAUGAUGGAAGUCGUAAACUAUACGCAUUAUAUGCCGGACGAGUGGAAGAACCAACUGCAUUCGAAGAAGGUCCAUCAGUCGUUUGGAGAGCUGUUUGCGAUGAAAAUCGUCACGUUUGCGAAGGAGCUCAUUUCGGUUGUUUUGACUCCCUUCAUCCUCUGGUUCUCCCUCCCUGAAUGCGCACCCGCCAUCAUCGACUUCUUCCGUGAGUUUACGGUCCACGUCGAUGGGCUUGGCUUUGUGUGCAGCUUUGCCGUUUUUGAUUUCCAACGGCAUGGGAAUGUCAAGUUCGGAGCACCCACCGAAGUCAAAGACAAACGACUCAUGUCUAACGAGGGCAAGAUGGAGAAGAGUUUCCUCAACUUCAAGGCCGCGCACCCUGAAUGGGUUCCCAGCGAUCCUUCGGGCUCGCUCUACCUGAGCCGCAUGGCGGACUUCACCGCGCGGCGGCGACAGCCACCCCCUGCUCCUCCACCGCUAGAGCAGCAGGACCUCGCUGCAACAUUACGAACCGACGAGCAGCUCGCGUCACGUGCGAAGGAAUACGAACGCGCGCUGCAAGAGAGCCAGAGCGCUGCCGUCGCACGGCGCAGAUUCGGGACGGGCUCCGUGCUGCUCAACUCGAGCGCCAACGGUGGGCUUGGGAUGGGCCAGAGCCAGCCGGGCGCGUCGACGAUUUUCCAGUCGACAAUCGGCGGGAUGGCAAUGGCGCAGACGGCGGUGCUGGGCGACUCGGACGGGAGUAUCGCGCCGGCCGGACUGCGCGGGGGCAGCGGAGGGAGCGAAGAGAUCGCGCUGGAGGACCGCGCGGUGGACGGAGGCGUUGGGAGUGCGCUGGGCGAGUCCUACGUCGAUGGGACGGCACGAAGAGGCAGGGCGGUGGCGCCGGGGCUGUCGAUGCAGGAGGAGGAGGAGGAAGUGGCGGACGGCGGUGUGUUGGGGUUGUUGGCACAGAUUUAU